AGACAUGCAGUUCUUCGGUCGGCUUAUGAACACCUUUGGCAAUGUUACCCACUUGUUCUCAAACCCUUAUCGGGUGAAGGAGGUACCCUUGGCAGAGUACGCAACUCGGACCCGUCUGAAAUGGGAAGACAGGAUAAUUCUGUAUGACAACAGUUCAGCUCACUCCUGGGACUGCCUUUUCAUUAACCCGCAGAACCAAGUGGCUGCCUUCCGGCUUUUCCAGAUAGAUAAUGAGGCGGACGCGAUCCAGCAUUUUGACCUGUAUGUAAAACAGUUGCGCCCGUUCUAUGAGAGCUAUCGAGAACCUUUGCCGCUGGAGACCUUGCAGCAACUGACGGAUUGUUUUCGCAGCCACCCCACCUGGUCGUUGGCUCAUAUAGCGGUCGAAGUUGGACUCCUGGAGAGCUUCCGGCACAAUCGUAUUCUGAGCUGCAUAAACAGCAAUGACUGUGAGGAUGGCUGCACUCCCCUGCACUUAGCCUGUCAGAAAGGAGACAUUGACUGUCUGCGGGAGCUGGUGGAGGAAUGCCAUGCCCGAGUGGAUCUCACGGACAGAAACGGGGACACCGUCUUCCACUAUGCUGUCCGAGGGAAUAACCCCAAGAUCAUAGAGCUGCUGGGCAGAAGGUCAACUGCUGCUUUGGACCAUCUCAACAACCAAGGUCUAACCCCUUUGCACUUAGCCUGCCAGCUGGGCAAGGAUGAAGCUGUCAUUUCGCUUUUGAAGGUCGAAGCCAAGGGCAGCACCUUGGGAACACUGGGCUUCCCCAUCCACGUUGCCAUGAAGUACUCCCAGAAGAGGUGUGCCAAGGCCCUCCUUGAUAUGGAUGUCAAUCAGGUUCAGUACAAGGACCAACGGUACGGAGCAUCACCUCUCCACUGGGCCAAGAAUGCUGAGAUGGCCCAGCUACUUAUCGAGUACGGCUGCGAAGUGAACUCACUCAGCCUGACGGGGGAGUCGGCGCUGCACAUUGCUGUGCAGCGGGGGCGCUUCGACUGCGCAAUGGUGCUGUUGACGCACGGGGCCGUGACCAACACGAAAGGGAAGGACGGCAACACUCCGCUGCACCUGGCGAUGAAGCAAGACCACCUGGAUAUGAUCAAGGCCCUGAUAGUGUUUGGAGCAGAUGUGGAGAUGCCCAAUGAUUUUGGGGAGACCCCAGGGUUGCUGGCAGCCAGGACAAGCAAAGGUGCCAACCGGAAGGUGCUCUUAGACCUGCUGAAAACGAUAGGGACUGAACGCUGCCACCCUCCCGGCACAUCCGCCCUCCAUUUGGCAGCCACACCACCCUCACCAGUACCAUCUACUUCCACCUCCCCGGAAAGACCACCACCCCCAAGGAUCACUAACUCAACCCUAGGAUUCCAGGACGUCAUCUAUGUUUCUGCCUCGCUUAAUGCCUUGCUGAAAGCCCCAGACAUGGCCGACGCUGCUGCUGAGAAGAGGACCCAAGACCGUCUCUUGAGCCUGGACGGCGGCGGUGUCCGGGGCCUGGUGCUCAUCCAGUUUCUCAUUGCGAUAGAGAAAAUUGCAGAGAAACCCAUUCGGGAGCUCUUUGACUGGAUAGCUGGGACUAGCACAGGGGGGAUCCUGGCACUGACUGUUGUGCAGGGGAAGCCUAUGGACUACAUGCGCUGCUUGUAUUUCCGCAUGAAAGAUGAAGUGUUUCGAGGGUCCCGACCCUAUGAGUCGCAGCCCCUGGAGGAUUUUUUGAAGAAGGAGUUUGGAGAAUACACCAAAAUGACGGAUUUCAGGAAACCCAGGGUCAUGUUGACAGCCACUCUAUGUGACCGGCAACCUGCCGAGCUCCACCUCUUUCGGAAUUAUAAUCCACCGGAAGCUAAAGCCAAGUCCCGCUACAGGACAACAGCCUUGUUCCCGGAACUGACCAAACCAGAAGAGCAGCUGGUGUGGCAGGCUGCCCGCUCCAGUGGAGCUGCUCCAACUUAUUUUCGACCUAUCGGGCGGUUUCUGGACGGAGGGCUGCUGGCUAACAACCCAACUUUGGCUGCCAUGACGGAGAUCAAUGACUACAACAAGUCUUUAAUCCUGAAGGGUAAUGCUCAUGAGGUGAAGAAGUUGGGCGUGGUAGUCUCUCUUGGGACUGGAAGGGCCCCACAGGUUCCUGUGAGCUCAGUGGAUGUUUUCCGCCCCUCCAACCCUUGGGAACUGGCAAGGACUGUCUACGGGGCCAAGGAACUGGGAAAGCUGGUGGUGGACUGUUGCACUGAUUCAGAUGGCCCAGUGGUGGAUCAUUCAAAAGCCUGGUGUGAGAUGGUAGAGGCCCGUUAUUUCAGGUUCAACCCCCAGCUAGAAACCGACGUCAUGCUGGAUGAGGUGAGUGAUACCGUCCUGGUGAACCUACUGUGGGAAACUCAGCUCUACAUUUACCAUCAUUGGGAUGAAAUCAAGCAGUUAGUAGAUCAGUUCCUAAUUCCCUGAAGUUUUGCAAGACUUGGUG